UAAGCCGGGCCAGGGAUGGAACCCGCAUCGUCAUGAAUACUAGUUGGUUUCUUAACUCUACCAUUCUCCACCCCGUAAGGUGUAGUUUUCGGCCCACCCACCUCUAUGCUCCUGGCAAUUGAGCAUCAUGCAACACCCCUGACAAUCACAGACCAAAUAAAGAAAAGGAUUGUGACAUGAACUCUAAAGGUGACUGCGUUUGCGUCCCAAGGCCAGAAUAUGACGCUGGUAGGUUCAUAGCUCCAUUCAAGUCGGCGAAGUGCACCACUCCCCUCCCCCGCCCAGACCUGGGGGCUCUCACACCCAUCGCCAGGAAGCUCAAGCUCGCCCCUCCACUCUGGACCUUCCGUACAGCAUGGCAGCCCCCAAAGGCGUCACCCAUAGUAGUGGCUUCCGUACAACAUGGCUGCCUACAGGGAGCUCACCGCACCCCCUCCCGCCAGGCCACCGGAAGUUUCCAUUUGAAACCGAGGCGGCGGACUCUGUCGGCGCUACGGCAGUUGCUGCCCGGCAUCUUUUGAACUCGAGUGACGAGGCCUGCGGGCAGGAGCAGCAGGCGCCUAGGCCCCAGUCGUGCUGCCUCGUUACGAUGACCAGCGUGGUUAAGACAGUGUACACCCUGCAGCCCACUUCUGUGCUGAGCAGCUGUCUGGCCGCAGAUGCACAAACUCGAGCCACUUCUAAGAGCCUUUUACCUGUCAAGUGCAAAGAAGUUGAUGUUUCCAAACCUCGUUCAGGAGGUUCAGAGAAUGAUGGUACAAAAAUCAUCAAACCAAGAAGAGAGAAUGGGCAGGUGAAAGCUUUAGACACUGCCACUAGGAGGAACAUCAGAAAGGGUUAUCAUUACAGCUACAAGCCAUUGAGUGAACGGAAAUCAGAGGAAGAGCUCAAGGAUAAGAACCAGCUCCUAGAGGCUGUCAACAAGCAGUUGCACCAGAAGUUGACUGAAACUCAGGGAGAGCUGAAGGACCUGACUCAAAAAGUGGAGCUGCUGGAGAAGUUUCAGGACAACUGUUUGGCAAUUUUGGAGAGCAAGGGCCUCAACACAGGCAGUGAGACCCUGGCGUCACAGCAAGACUCUACCAUGGAUCACAUGGACUCUAUGUUGCUGUUAGAAACUCUGCAAGAUGAGCUGAAGCUUUUUAAUGAAACCGCCACAAAGCAGAUGGAGGAGUUGCAGGCCUUAAAGAUAAAGUUGAAGAUGAAGGAAGAAGAGAGGGCCCAGUUCCUAGAACAACAAACUUUAUUCAACAGUCAAAUAAAUGAUUUUACUACAGCCCUUGAGGAAAUGGAGCAGCUCUUAGAAAUGUGAUGAAAAAGCAAGUGGCCAUGUGGCUCCCUCUUGGGGACAGACUCUCAGAGGAAGCCACUUAGGACAUCUGCUUCUUGGCCGUGAUCUUCUAGGACUCACCAUCCCCAGAGUGAAAACAGUUUCUGCAAUAGGAUCAAGAACAGUCUAUGCUGAAAUAGCGGUUCCCCACUUCCAGACUGGCCAGCUCUCCUGAGCCUCACAGUACAUAAUUGAGGCCUACAAGACAGGGGGCCUGGAAGCUUGGAUCAACCUCCUAGGCAACAAAGUAGCACACAUUAGAAUCAGGAGACUAAACCAGCCACAGCCAGAGGAUCCAAAAGGUCACAUUCAGAUGUGCAGGAAGAGACAGUGGAGCACAGGUGCCCCACGGGAGACUUCACCAAGGAGCCGUGCGCUCCCCUCCUAACUUGGAAUACAUUCUGUCCCAUCCCGGUUGGGCUCCAUAACCUCCCUGUAAAUUCACACUCACUGUAAGUUACUUAAAAUGGCUUAAUAAAUGGGGUGAAUGUAUAGAGAGCAGUAACGCCUAUGAAACAAUACACCUGGGAGCUUCUGAUCUAAAUCACUUCUGUUACUUUUUUUAUUAAGUGCUAUUAAAAUAAAUAUUUUUGUAACUUCAACAAUGAAAAAUGAAAAUAGCCAGUGUAACUUAAAUACCUCCACUGAAUCCUAUUGAACUAAUCUAGCUAACAUGUUCAAGACUCCAAUGUAACCCAGAGUAUUUUUUUUCUACUCAUUAGGUGCUCUGUGGUUAGCGCCCCUGUCUUCCAAGAGCAUUAGCUAGUCUUCCGCGGAUAUUCAGUAUUUGUAGCAGCGGGUGCCAGACUUUGUCCAGGUUUGUAUCACUAGCUGUAUUCCUAAGUAUGAUUAUUAUAUCUCUGAUGUUUGCUUUUUGCACAACCAAUCUGGCACCUGGCCCCAUGAAUCCCUAGUCAACCAAAGUCCUUGGCAGGCCUCCCCACUAGUUUCCCAAAGACCUUGCUCUAUUUCAUUUUGUAAUAAAGUUAGUCAGAUUUUG